AUCUACCACCGCACAUCUGCAACGACGAGAGAUACAUACGACCAUCAGAAUGGCUUCCGCUACCAGCUUCUACGAUUUCAAGCCGCUUGAUAAGAAGGGCAAUGCGGUUCCUCUCACCGAUUACAAGGGCAAGGUCGUCUUGAUUGUGAACACGGCCUCGAAAUGCGGGUUCACGCCACAAUAUGAAGGGCUUGAGAAGCUGUACAAGAAACUGAAGGAGACGCAUGGCGACGACUUCACCAUCCUCGGCUUCCCCUGCAACCAAUUCGGCGGCCAAGAGCCCGGCACCGACGACGACAUCCAAUCCUUCUGCCUCGUCAACUACGGCGUCUCCUUCCCCAUAAUGGGCAAGACGGACGUCAACGGCGACAAAGCCAACCCACUCUUCGAAUGGCUAAAGGAAGAGAAACCCGGAUUGCUCGGCAUGAAGCGAGUCAAGUGGAAUUUUGAGAAAUGGUUGGUAGGCAGAGAUGGGAAGGUUAAGCAGAGGUGGGCGAGUACGACGAAGCCGGAGGCGUUGGAGAAGCCGAUUUUGGAGGAGUUGGCGAAGGGGAAGGCGGAGUUGUAAAUGAGGGAUGAUGACUUUUGACUGGAUUGAGGAUGGAAAGGGUUGAGAUUUGACAUUCCAGUCUCUCCUUAAUUGGUAUAAAGUGUAAGGCUCUUUGCUCACGAGAUUGGCCACAUAUCCAACAAUGAAUCAUAAUGAAACUACAACAGCAUUUUUCUUCC